CUGCAAAAUGUUGAGGGCCGACUAUUGGUUUUUGAAUCUGGUAAAGGGUCAGAGCGAACCCAUUUGCGAUUGGUGCAUGAGAAAGAAAUACGUGGCGCACCAUUCAGUAUGGAUGUACUCAAUGGCAAACUUAUUGUCGCUAUAAACAGCUCUGUUCGAUUGUUUGAAUGGACUUCAGAAAAGGAAUUACGGCUGGAAUGUUCGCAUUUCAAUUACAUUACGGCAUUAUUUAUUAAAGUGAAGGGUGAUCAAGUACUGGUGGGAGAUCUUAUGCGAUCCAUGACGAUUUUGAAUUACAAGGCCGUUGAGAGCACAUUUGAAGAAGUUGCUAAAGAUUUUCGCGGAAUGUGGAUGUCUGCAGUGGAGUUCAUCGACGCAGAGACUGCACUUGGAGCUGAAGCUGCUCACAACCUUUUCACAUGCGAAAUAGACAGGGGAGCGGACAAUGCUGACGAGAAAAGAAGGCUCGCAGAAGCAGGAAUGUUUUAUCUGGGUGAAAUGGUGAACGUUUUUCGAAGAGGAUCGCUUGUUUCCAGCCAUGUGGACAACCCUCUGCCGAUUGAGAAACCAAUACUUUUUGGUACCAUUGACGGCACUAUUGGACUUAUAGUCCAGCUCCCCGAAAAAUAUUUCAAAUUUUUCUCCGAAGUUGAAAAAGGUGUGGCUAGAGAAACUGAUAACUGUAUGAGGAUUGAUCAUGCUGUUUAUCGCCAGUUCACUAGUGAGAAAAUUGUAGAUAAGGCCGUCGGGUUUGUGGAUGGAGAUCUAGUCGAGUCUUUGCUCGAUAUGCCUCACGAAACAGCUGCAGCAGCAUUGGCUGGCAUACAACGACCAGUUACAAAAUCUUUCCUUACGUCACGGUAG